UGCAUCCGCACCUCUGUCAGACGCGCAGAUUGGCGUGCCGCGAUGUCGGUUUCCGCAAUGAGGAGGUUGAUGGAAUUACAGUCAAACUAAAGAGGGAAAACAUGUCCGAAGUAAGAAAAUUCACGAAAAGGUUGAGCAAACCUGGAACGGCUGCGGAGCUCAGACAAAGUGUGUCGGAGGCGGUGAGGACGUCCAUUGCUGUGGAGCAGCCCAAGAUCAUCGAGCCGCUGGACUAUGAGAAUGUGGUGUUCCAGAGGAAAGCUCAGAUCCACAGCGAUCCACAGAGAGACCUGCUCCUGUGGCCAGCUGAUGAUGUAUCAGAAACACAGAUUGAACGUCAAAGGAGGACCAUUGUUCCUUCUGUUCCUCAAAAUGCUGAGAAAGAAGCAAAAAGCCUGUUUGCCAAAGAGUGCAUUAAGAUGUACAACACCAACUGGCACGUCAUCAACUAUAAUUACGAGGCCUACUCUGGAGAUUUCCGGUCGCUGCCCUGUAAAGGGAUGAAGACGGAAAAGCUUCCCAACCAAGUGUUUGAGGUGGAUGAGGGGGAGGAGGAUUCAUCCUCUCUUUGCUCUCAAAGAGGAGGUGUAAUGAAGCAGGGCUGGCUGCAGAAGGCCAACAUCAACAGCAGUCUGUCUGUCUCCAUGAAGGUGUUCAAGAGGAGAUAUUUCUACCUGUCUCAACUCCCCGAUGGUUCCUACAUACUCAAUUCAUACAAAGAUGAGAAAAACUACAAAGAAUCAAAAGGCUCCAUCUAUCUGGACUCCUGUAUAGAUGUAGUUUCGUGCCCUAAGAUGAAGCGCAAUGGUUUUGAGUUGAAGAUGCAGGACGGUUACAGCCACUAUCUGGCGGCAGACAGCGAGGCUGAGAUGGAGGAAUGGGUGAACACGCUGAAACAGACCUUACUGAGCGCGAUGGACGAUCGGAGGAACGGAUCGGAACAUUCUGAGGGUUCUCUUGAUGACGACAGCAGUAGUCAGGGGAAACCAGAGAACAUUGCGGAGAGCUUUGGCCGGAGUCUUCACCCAGAUCUAAUGAAGUAUGCCAGAGAAACUGACCAGCUAAAUAAAAUGAGCAGGAAUGAAGGACGACAGAAGAUCUUCACCCUAGAUCCUGAGACUCAGAGAUUAGAUUUUUCAGGCAUUGAGCCUGACGUGAAGCCAUUUGAAGAGCGAUUUGGACGAAGAAUCAUGGUUAGUUGUCAUGACUUGACCUUUAGCCUUCAAGGUUGCGUCAGUGAGAAGAAUGAUGGCGUCUUAACCAACGUAGAGCCGUUUUUCAUCAGCCUAGCGUUGUUUGAUCUGUCCAAAGGAUGUAAGAUCUCUGCAGACUUUCAUGUUGACCUCAAUCCUCCCUGCGUGAGGGAAAUGCUUCAAGAAGUUUCUCCUGGGAUGCCAACAGAACCUGAAGGAGGUGAUGGAAAAGAAAAUGGACAUGGUCUGCCGGUCCUCCAGAGGGUUUCCGAGUCUCUUAUAAGCUUCCCCACUCAGGGCAUAUUCUCGGUUACCAACCCCCACACAGACAUCUUCCUGGUGGCCCGGGUGGAAAAAGUUUUACAGAACGGCAUCACCCAUUGCGCUGAGCCUUACAUUAAGACCUCCGACAUCAGCAAGACGGUACAGAAAGUCCUGAAGACUGCCAAGCAGACGUGCCAACGGCUGGGCCAGUACCGGAUGCCCUUCGCUUGGGCUGCCAAACAGGUGUUCAAAGAUUCCCAAGGCAGUUUAGACACUGAGGGGAAGUUCUCUCCACUUUACCGUCAAGACAGUAGCAAGAUCUCCACUGAAGACCUCAUCAAACUGCUGACAGAUCUCAAGAAACCAGAGAAGAGCAAACUGCAAAUAAUCCCUGGGCUGCUUAACAUCAUUGUCGAGUGUGUACCUCCAGACUUGUCAAACUCUGUCACAUUGUCCUAUAUUCCUGUGAAGCCGUUUGAAGAGCAGUGUGAGAGGGUGUCUGUGGAAGUGGAGGAGUUUGUCCCACAAGAGGCCAGGUACAACCACCCGUUCACCAUCUACAAGAACCAUCUCUACAUCUAUCCUCAGCAGCUCAAAUACGACAAUCAGAAGACAUUUGCCAAGGCUCGAAACAUUGCAGUUUGUGUUCAGUUCAAGGAUUCUGAUGUUGAAGGAGCUCCUCCAUUGAAGUGCAUCUAUGGAAAGCCAGGGGAGCCACUUUUCACCACCAGUGCUUUUGCUGCAGUUUUGCAUCACAAUCAGAGUCCAGAGUUUUAUGAUGAGAUUAAAAUCGAGCUUCCUGUUCACAUCCAUGAGAAGCAUCAUAUUCUCUUUACUUUCUACCACAUAAGCUGUGAGCUUGGCAACAAAACCACCAGCAAGAAACGGGAUGGAGUGGAAACAGUGGUGGGUUAUUCCUGGGCUCCUUUACUGAAGGAUGGCAGAAUACAGUCCUCAGAGCUACAACUUCCUGUGUCUGCUAAUCUUUUAACUGGUUACAUUUAUGACAAAAACCAUAAUGAAGACAAGGCUGUUUCAUACAUCAAAUGGGUGGAGGGUGCUAAACCGUUAUUUAAAGUGCGAGCAUAUGUAGCAUCAACAAUUUACACUCAGGAUCUGCACCUCCACAAUUUCUUCCAGUAUUGCCAGCUGAUGAAGUCAACUUCACAGGGCAGUCCUGCUGAACUUGUCAAGUACCUUAAGUGCCUACAUGCAGUAGAGACUCAGGUCAUCAUCAAGUUUCUGCCUACGGUGCUCGUUCAGCUCUUUGAAGUCCUUACUAUGUCAAGCAAAGAGAGUCAAGAUAUUGCUGUCAACUCCACACGGGUAAUCAUUCACAUAGUGUCUCAGUGUCACGAGGAGGGUCUGGAGCAUUACCUACGCAUGUUUCUGAAGUACGUCUUUCGGAUCAACAACGCAACUUCAGAAAGCUCUGUGACGACUCAUGAAGUUUUGGCUACAGCCGUGACUGUCAUCCUCAAACAAACUGCAGACUUCAACACCUGCAACAAACUCCUCAAGUAUUCAUGGUUCUUCUUCGAGACCAUGGCCAAGUCGAUGGCACAGUACCUCCAAGAUGGCAACAGAAUGAAAAUGCCUCGAGCGCAGAGGUUUCCCGAAUCCUUCCACCAAGCGCUGCAGUCGCUGCUGUUGUCAAUCAUGCCUCACAUCACCAUACGCUACGUGGAGAUCCCAGAGGAGGCCCGCUGCGUCAACUUUAGCCUGGCCUGCUUCAUCAAGCGCUGCCUUACGUUUAUGAACCGAGGAUUUGCUUUCAGCUUGAUAAAUGAUUACAUGUGUGGCUUCAGCCUGAAAGAUCCAAAGGUGCUUACAGAGAUGAAGUUUGAUUUCCUCAUGACGGUUUGCAACCACGAGCACUACAUUCCUCUGAACCUGCCCAUGGCGUUUGGCCGAACUAAGUUGCAGCGUGUCCAGGAUCAGAGUUUGGAAUACAGCCUGACCGAGGAUUACUGCAAAAACCAUUUUCUGGUGGGUCUGCUUCUGCGAGAGGUUGCUGAUGGAGUUCAGGGCUUGCCUGAGAUCAGACAGCUGGCUGUAGCUGCGCUCAAGAACCUCAUGAUCAAACAUGCCAUGGACGACAGAUACAAUGCGUUUAAGAAUCAGCAGGCCCGCAUCUGUCUUUUGUACCUGCCACUCUUUGAGCUGCUCUACCAGAAUCUGAGUCAUAUGAACAGCCCCGGGCAACUCUGCAGAAAUGGCCUCGGCCUCAUGUACCGGGAUGAUUUGUCAGUGGACAGCCGCAGAAGCAGCACAGUCGUUGAUAAGGAACCUACUGGUGUCAUCACCCAGAAUGGACAUGUUAGGAAAGGAGAGUCCAGAGGCUCUUUGUAUGGAGAUCCUGGCACUCCAGAUAUCAAUGAGUUACACAGACGCGGUUCCACUAUGAGCAAUGUUCCCGCUGCUGGCCGUUUGGGUCAGUAUGAGAUCAGAGGACUGCUCCUGUGUUUCCUGCAUAUUGUAAGAACUCUGUCAGAUGAUACUCUGAUGGCCUACUGGUCUAAAGUCAAUCCACAAGACAUCAUGAACUUCCUCAGUCUACUCGAGAUCUGCAUAGUCCAGUUCCGUUAUGUGGGCAAGCGAAACAUCAGCCGAAGCCAGGAACCCUGGGUGUCGAAACUCUUCUCAUCUGAGAGGAAGUCUCAGACCAUGCCGGUGCUGCGAGGUCGGGGAAGCCUAAUGCAGGCAAAGCUUCAGCAGUUCAGCACUAUGGACACCUCAUUAACCCUGAACAUGGCUGGAGGUUCCACAGAAGCAGAGAUCAGCCAUCAGUGUCUGCUUGAGGGAAACAUGUCGACAGAAGCCUGCCUUACUGUACUGGACGUACUCUCACUCUUCUCUCAGAGCUUCAAGACUCAGCUGCUGGACAGUGAUGGUCACAAUGCUCUGAUGACGAAGGUCUUUGACACUUACCUCACUUUACUGAAAGUUGGACAAUCAGAGACCGCAAUCAGACACAUCUUUGCCUCUCUGCGAGCCUUUAUCAUCAAGUUUCAGGUUCCUCUUUUUAAGGGCCGUGUUACUCUAUGUGGUUCGCUGUGCUAUGAAGUCUUGAAGUGCUGUAUGUCUAAACUAAGUGUCCUACGUGGGGAAGCAUCUGCCCUCCUUUACCUGCUCAUGAAGAACAAUUUCGAGUACACCAAGAGGAAAAGCUUCCUGCGCAUGCACUUACAGAUCAUCAUUGCCGUGAGCCAGCUUAUCGCUGAUGUGGCGCUAACCGGCAGUUCACGUUUCCAGGAGUCCUUGUCCAUCAUCAACAACUUUGCCAACAGUGAUAAAGCCAUGAAGACCACCACGUUUCCAUCUGAAGUGAAGGGUCUGACGAUGAGAAUUCGUACGGUUUUGAUGGCCACUGCUCAGAUGCGCGAACAUGAAAAAGAUCCAGAAAUGCUGCUUGACCUUCAGUACAGUCUCGCCCGAUCGUACGCCAGCACUCCAGAGCUCCGGCGGACCUGGCUGGACAGCAUGGCACGGGCACACGGCAAGAAUGGAGACUUCUCCGAGGCUGCUAUGUGUAAUGUUCAUGUUGCUGCAUUGGUGGCAGAGUAUUUGCACAGGAAAAAGCUGUAUCCGAGUGGACUGGCAGCUUUUAGGAAAAUCACCCAGAACAUCGAUGAAGAAGGAGCUAUGAAAGAAGAUGUAGGGAUGCAAGAUGUGUACUACACCGAGGAUGUCCUGGUGGAGCAGUUGGAGGUGUGUGUGGAGGGUCUAUGGAAAGCUGAGAGAUUUGAGCUCAUAACGCACAUUGCGAGACUCAUUAUUCCAGUUUACGAGAAGCGGCACGAGUUUGAGAAACUGAGGCGAUUGUAUGACACACUGCAGCGAGCGUAUGCGAAGAUAUUAGAGGUGAUGCAGUCCGGUCGACGUCUGCUGGGGACUUACUUUAGAGUCGCCUUUUAUGGGCAGGGCUUCUUUGAAGAAGAGGAUGGAAAAGAAUACAUCUACAAAGAGCCAAAGCUCACAGGUCUUCCUGAAAUUUCUCAUCGUCUCAUAAGUCUCUACGGAGAUAAGUUUGGAGCAGAGAAUGUCAAAAUCAUCCAAGAUUCCAGCAAAGUUAACCAGAAAGAUCUAGAUCCAAAGUUUGCCUACAUUCAGGUCACAUUUGUCAAACCCUACUUUGAUGAGAAAGAACUGGCAGAGAGGAAGACGGACUUCGAGAAGUGCCACAACAUACAGCGUUUUGUCUUCGAGACUCCAUUUACGCUAACGGGAAAGAAACAAGGAGGGAUUGAGGAACAGUGCAAGCGGCGAACCAUACUUACCACGGCCAACACAUUUCCCUAUGUAAAAAAGCGCAUCGAGGUAGUGGGAGAAAAGCACUUGGAGCUGAAGCCGAUUGAUGUAGCAAUAGAUGAGAUGAAGGAGAAGAGCUCUGAACUCGCCAAGCUCUGCUCCAAUCAGGAGGUUAACAUGAUCACACUUCAGCUCAAACUCCAAGGCUGUGUUAGUGUGCAGGUGAACGCGGGACCAAUGGCAUAUGCCCGAGCUUUUCUGGAUGAAUCCAAAUCUGGUCAAUCCAGUAAAAAAGUUAAGGAGCUCAAGGAAAUUUUCAGGCAAUUUGUCAAUGCAUGCAGCAUGGCUCUGGACAUUAACGAGAGACUCAUUAAGGAGGAUCAGUAUGAGUAUCAUGAGGGACUAAAGGCUAACUUCAAAAGCAUGGUGAAAGAACUUUCUGAUAUCAUCCAUGAGCAGAUCUUCCAGGAGGAUAUGAUGCGUUCCCUUCUGCAGAACUCUCUCCACGUGUUCCGUGCCAUCAGCGGAACCUCCACUGACCUGAGCUAGAACCUGGUGGACAAUCGGCUCUCCUCGCACCUGAAUGUACAACUCAAGAUUCUAGGCCUUCAGCAAGCAUCUCUUCACGCUACAGGAAUGUCAGCAUUUUCCGUGCCAUGUUUUUACUUGUUGUGUACAUACAGUUUGUGUACACAGUAUGGCUUUUACAGUUUAUUUUAAUGGCAACAUGAAGUCAAUAUCAACUGUCUUAUCACAUUUGCAUCGAUGUUCCUUUUAGGCUCACCUUGCUUUUCAACUCUUUUACUCUCUUACCAUUAUGGAAACCUAUUUCCACCACAUAAGAAAAAAGCAUCAUGGUUUUUGUAAGUCGUAAUAUGACUUAUGAUAAUAUCCCAUUAUGAUGAGAUAAUCAAAAUGUAUAUAAAAAUAUCCAAGUUUAUAUUGAGUCAAAUGAGUCAAAAUUGACAAAGUUACAAUUUCUGAUUCAGAAAGUCAAUAUAUGAGACGAAAAGUUAAAAUGGACUCAUCAUUUAUGAUGAAACUGACAUAAAAGGGUGAAAUUUUGAUGGUUAAUAAAAAGUCAAAAUUAUGACAGUCCUAAUUUAUGUGAUUUAAAAAGUAAUACCUUUCAGGUUUUGUCAUAAUUAUGAUUUUCUAAUUUAAAUUUAAAAUGUUGGAAUUUGACCUUUUCGUCUUUUUACGUAAAUAUCUUCUUUCAUGUAAUUUUUAAGAUUUUUCUUUAGUUGGUGGAAAAAGACUUUCAUAGAACAUAUAUCCAGUCACCUCCAUGUGACCACUUUUCAUGAUCCAAUCAAUUAUUGAUGUAUAAAUUCAAUUCCAGUAUUCUUUUUCUCUUGUAUCUUUUAAAAGUAAAAUGGCUGACCGGUGCUAUUA